AAAGCCAAUGCCUUGAGCCAGUACUCGUGUGAAAUCGUGACGAUUAGGAUGAUCGUUCUCAAGUGGUCGGUGGUGCUUUGGGGUUUGACGCUGGCCACGUACGGCACGGUGGCAGAACGACCCCUGUCCGAUGUGUCGGACAGCGUCGAUCCUCCGCAAAUAGCUCCGGCGUUCGCGGUUGAAGAAAGUGAAAUUAUCCCACUGCAGGAAGUGGAUGAAUCAUACCGUUUACCAAAAACCAGUUAUCCAACGCACUACGAGCUGCGACUGCGAACGGAAGUGCACACCGGAAAUCGGCAGUUUGACGGAACAGUGGCUAUCCAUUUGAACGUGGUUGAAGCGACCAACGCUAUUGUAGUUCAUCGUCGUUCCCUGACGAUUCAAAAAGCAAAUCUUGCGUUCAUUCCAACGCCUGAAGCUGAUCCCCAGCAGUUGAAUGAUCCAACCUGGACUUACGAUGCUAAUGUUGAGCAACUGUCCUUCAAUAGUGAAACUCUGCUGAAUCCCGGAAGUUACAUUCUCACCGUUGAAUACAAUGGCCGAUUGUCCGACUCGGAGGAUGGAUUCUAUAUUUCUUCAUACGUGAACAAGGAUGGCGUCACCAAGUACUUGGCAACGACACAGUUUGAGUCUACCAGUGCCCGCAUGGCAUUCCCGUGCUACGAUGAACCUGGCCUGAAAGCCACCUUCGCCCUGUGGAUUACCCAUGAUGUUCUUUACACGGCAAAUUCCAAUAUGCCUUACACAACUACAAUUGACGGUGAUAUUCGGGUGACUCAGUUUGAGGUCACUCCUAAGAUGUCGACAUAUCUGUUGGCAUUUGUGGUUUCGGAUUUUCAACGCCUUGGAACCUUAGAGCACAGUGUCUACGCGCGCCCAAAUGCCAUCGACGAAGUUGUUUUUGCUGUUGAAGCUGGCCAAAAAAUCCUUGAGAAGCUCGAUGCACAUCUUGGCAUCGGGUACUACGACCAUAUGCCACAAAUGAAACAAUUUGCCAUUCCCGAUUUUGCCGCAGGUGCCAUGGAAAAUUGGGGCCUUGUCACGUACAGAGAGCAGUAUCUCCUUUUCAAUCCUGAGCUGAGUACUUAUCGCACCAAAACCAACAUUGCGACAGUGAUUGCCCAUGAAUACGCGCACCAGUGGUUUGGAAAUCUCGUCAGUCCCGAAUGGUGGGAGUACAUUUGGUUGAACGAAGGCUUUGCCACACUGUACGAGUACUAUGCAACUCAUCUGGCAUAUCCAGAGGUGGGAUAUUGGGAGCUUUUCAACACACAGGUCAUCCAGGCAGCUAUGGUGCCCGAUGGACUGGAGACUACCAGACCGAUGACCUGGAAUGCCGAUACUCCAAGAUCAAUUGCAAGUUUGUUCGAUCGCGUUGCGUAUCCUAAAUCUGGAAGCGUAUUGAACAUGAUGCGUAACGUUCUCGGCGAGAUUAACUGGACUGCUGGACUGAAGGCUUAUCUCACUGCAAGACAGUUUGAUGGUGCCAAUGCAGAUCAUCUGUACGUCGGUCUACAGUCGGCCAUCCAGGGAAAGAAUGUCCUCCCGGAAGGAGUCACCGUCAAGGCCAUCAUGGACACCUGGGCGAACGAAAAAGGUUAUCCCGUGCUGAGUGUGCGACGAACCUACGAAACCGGAGAUAUUAUCAUCUCGCAAGAGCGGUUCAUCUCGGAUCGUAAGGUUCCCAAUACGAACGUAUGGAUGAUACCGUACAACUACGUUCACCAGUCCAAGGCUGACUUUGACGAUCUGAGCACCUUCAGCUGGCUCAGUACGAAGGCGGCUCGCAUCAACACCGAAGUGCCGGCCAAUGAGUGGAUUAUUUUCAACAAACAACAGGUUGGCUAUUACCGAGUUAACUACGAUGCGAACAAUUGGGAGCUGAUAACAAAUGCUCUGAUUAAUAACUUGUCGAGCAUUGAUCGACUAAAUCGAGCUCAACUUAUCGACGACGCGUACUGGCUUGCACGUUCUGGACGACUGGAUAUUGAGGUUUUGAUGAAACUUCUCACCUAUCUGAAGGAUGAAACCGAAUACGCUCCCUGGACGGCAGCUAACAAUGUGUUGUCCUACUUCAACGGUAAGCUUCGUGGAACGCCUGCCUACAAGGACUUCACGACCAUGGUGGAUCAUCUCAUCAAGAAGGUAUACAAAACUCUGGAUGUCACUGCAGUUUCCGAUACCGAACCAUUGCUGCACAAAUACCUGAAACAGACCAUUUCGACCUGGGCUUGUCUGAUUGGAAACGAAGACUGCCUGAAACGUACCAAGGAAGCACUGCAAAAAGAAGUAACAGAAGGCAUCCCGGUGCAUCCGGACGUGGCUACUGUUGUGUACUGCAACGGUCUACGCACGGCCGAUGUUGCUGAGUACCAAUAUUUGUACAAACGCAUCUACCCAACGCAAAACUGGGCCUUCCGAUCGAUGAUCAUCAGUGCGUUGGGAUGUUCCGAGAAUAAGCAGUUCCUGAAAGAUUUCCUGCAGACUGCCAUCGGUGGAAGUGGAUCGGGCGUUGAAAUCAACUACAAGACUGCCGAACGUACUCAAAUUGUGCAAGCGGUCUACUCCGGUGGACGGGCCGGUGUUGACGCUUUGAUUGAAUUCCUGAGAGAUCCUAACAUGCUUAGAGAAUUCGUCGCCAUACUUGACGUCAACACACUCAACAGUGCACUAUCGAACAUUGCAUCCCGCACCAACACUCAGGAGGAGCUUGACAUGCUGAAUGACCUGAUAGUCGACCUGGGUACCUAUAUCACUCCGCAGACCGCAGAAGCGGCCCGUGCCACCGUACAGGCAAACUUUGCUUGGCAGCAAAGCGCCGAGGCAAUUUUGACGAUGAACUUUGUUGGAGAUUUCGUCGAUUCGAUUGAACCGGAACCUACGACAACCGUCAGCCCAGAUUCAACAACGGUCAGCCCAGCUUCAUCAACCACGGCAGGAUCAACCACCGUCGCUGGUUCCAGCACGACAGAAGAUGAUGGCGGUGCGGCCACCAUUGCAGUUUCCGUUACCCUACUGAUCGGUGCUGUAGCAGUAGCGUUGUUUAACUAGGGAGGUUAAGGUUGGUUCCGCUACAUUAGCCCGUUAACGUCCAUAAUCGUACUUAAGCUCCGAAAUUAUUAUUAUUAGUUAUGUUCCCAUGAAAUAAACACAGUUUUAACAAAAAAAA